GAGAAGACUAAACUUUCGCUGGAGAGAUCAAAGAUGGUGAAGGUGGAGAGCAGCUCCCUCAUAUUAGAGAAUGAACAGCAACAACAGUGGUACGAGAAAUGUCUUGAUGAGAUAGACAAUCAGGUGGUCCAGGCCUUGUUAGCUCACAAG